AUGGAGCCCUUGACCCUCCUCCCUCUUCUGGCGGCUGGCGGUGCCUCGCGCCUCAUCCUGGUCGGUGUCUGGAAGGAAAAGAGGGAAAUAGGAACAAUGAGGCGCAAUGAGUUGGCAAAUAAUCUGUCGGGCCCGCCCUACCCUCUCCUCCCACAGGUCGGAGACCCCCAGCAGCUCCCUCCUCCGGUCAACAUGCAUGCCCGCGACGCCCCGCCUACCUCGAACCCUUCCUCUGCCCCUCCCUCCCUCGGUGCGCACCUCCUUCGCGACGGCAUCAACCGGGAAGAUCGGGGCCCCGUGGUCGGCCGCUUGCCUCCUUUGGUCUGGAUUGACGUGCCCCACGGCUCGGAGCAGCAGGUAGGGGAGAUGGAGGGUGGGAGGGAAGGAAGGGGAAGGACAGAGAAAAACCUCCUGCCCCCCUCGAGGCGCGGUGCUCCCCCCAGCCAUGUCAAGGUCUCGACCGUCGAUGCUUUCCAAGGCGCCGAACGGGAGGUCAUUCUAUACUCCUGCGUCCGCACCGGCGGCCUCGGCUUCCUCGACAGCCCCAAUCGACUAAACGUUGCCAUUACGCGUGCUCGACGUCACCUGGUGCUGGUUGGGAACGCGCAGGCCCUUGUCAUGCUCUCUGUCCUGGGAAGGAAAGGGGGACCGGGAGGAGAGGGUCUUGGCGGGGGAGGGGGAGGAGGGGAAGGUGGAAGCAAACCUGGC